GUGAAAUCGAGGCAGUGUAAAUAAAACUCCAGGAACAUGAAACGUUCGGGUGACAGUGAGAGAAAGAAGAAAAGAAAGAGACAGAAGCUUCUGCAGGAGCUGGGAGGACAGCGCAUUCCCUUCCUCUCUCCCUCGGACCCCGGGUUCCAGGAGCUGUGGGAGUCCAGUUACACUGGCCUGGCCCUGCGGCCGGCCGACUCCCUGCCCGCCGCCCUGCACGACCGCGUCCGGGCCGCCCUGCACGCCCUGCAGCGCCGGGGCUGCCUGUUCCGGGACCUGGUGCGCAUCCGGGGCCGCGACGUCUUCACCGCCGUGUCCCGCUCGCUCCUGGGCGGGCCCGGGGACACCUACCGCUACCUGGGGACGCGCCUGUUCGCCCUGCCGUGGCACAACGACGCGCAGGAGGACGGCGAGGCCUGCUGCGACCGCGAGCUGAGGGAAGCCUGCCGGGCCCUCUGGGAGCUCAACGAGUACUUCUGCGAGGACGUGGAGCGCCGGGAGGCGGCGGGCCAGCCGGAGGCCGACGAGGACCCGCCGGGCGGCCAGGGGAGCUCCAAGACGGACGCGUCGGAGGCGACCCCCGCGGCGGCCCCCCGCUUCAACAUCACCCUGCUGAACUACAUGGACCCGGCGGCCAUGAACGACCUGAAGGAGGAGCCCUACUACGGCAUGGGCAAGAUGGCGGUGAGCUGGCACCACGACGAGAACCUGGUGCCGCUGUCCUCCGUGGCCGUCUACAACUACAGCUGCCCCGACGAGAAAGGUGGAGGUUCGGGGGACGGAGAGGUGGACGGGGCCAGCUGGCGCGUGGGGCUGAAGGUGGCCUGGGACAUCCACACCCCGGGCCUGGCGCUCCCCCUACAGUCGGGAGACUGUUACUACAUGCGAGAUGACCUGAACAGGACCCACCAGCACUGUGUCUUGGCAGGGGGGACGGCUCGAUUCAGCUCCACGCACAGAGUGGCGGAGUGCUCGACCGGUACUCUGGACUACAUCCAAAGACGUUGCCAGGAGGCUUUAGAAAACCUGCGCACGGACCCGGACACCGGCACCAAGACCCUGCAUUCCCUGCAGCCCUCAACGCUCCAGCUCUCCGAGGAGAUACACAACGAGGUGGAGUUUGAGUGGCUGCGGCAGUACUGGUUUCAGGGCCGGCGCUGUGCCAGGUUCUGCAGCUGGUGGAGCAAACCUAUGGAGCAGCUGGAGGAGUCCUGGGCACAGAUGGAGAGCAUGACGCAGCUGGCCCUGGCGGCGGCGGAGGACGAGGGGAGUGCGGAGGACAGGAGGCGAGAGGUGGCAGAGACCCUCCUCACCGCCCUCACUGAUCGACAGGAGCAGAGACAGACCUGGAGGGACAGGUGCCAGUCCAGUCUCGCCCAGACCUUGCCCCCCGAGGAGGCGCCCGUCAACCGGCCCUACUGGGGCGAGGACGACCCCCCCAGGCCUCUGCCCUUUGAUCUGACUGACAUCAUUAGCCGGGUGGAGUCUCUCCUGUGGAGGCUUUGAAGGACGGCUGUGAGGGAGGUCCACCCCCCCCCCCCCCAGCCCCGGCCCCCAUCC